GGGGGCCGUGCCCCCAGCCCUGACUGCACCAGAGAGGCCGGAAUCCAGGACUGGUCCCGUCGCGCCCUGGCAGUGCAGGCUUCGUGUAGCCGCGCCUCCCGCCCCCGCGCCGCCACCUUAUAUGUUGCCCGCUGCGUCCUCCGGGGCAUGGAGCGUGGCGCCCAGCCUCGGCGAUGGCGACGGCGACGGCAGUGGCUGAGGAGCGCCUGCUGUCCGCGCUCGUCUACCUGCAGUGCGCCGCUGGCUGCCUGAUCCUCGGGGUGAACCAGCAGAGGAACUCGCCGUACGGCCGCCAGGCGACACCCAGGUGCAGGCUCCGGGUGCCGGCACGGGUCGCCUGGGCCGUGCAGGAGCUGCCCUCGCUGGCCCUGCCGCUCUACCAGUGCGCCAGCGAGUCCGCACCGCGCCUCCGCUACGCGCCCAACUGCAUCCUCCUGGCCAUGUUCCUCGUCCACUACGUACAACGGUCCUUAAUUUACCCAUUUCUGAUUCGAGGAGGAACGCCUAUGCCACUGUUUUCAUGUAUACUGGCAACUAUGUUCUGUACCGGUAACAGCUAUUUGCAAAGCAGAUACUUAAGCCAUUGUGCAGUGUAUGCUGAUGACUGGUUAAGGGAUCCCCGUUUCCUAAUGGGUUUUGGCUUGUGGUUAAUGGGCAUGUUGAUAAACAUCCAUUCAGAUCAUAUCCUAAGGAAUCUCAGAAAACCAGGAGACACUGGAUACAAAAUACCAAGGGUAUUUUCUCAGCUCUGCAGACAUAGUGCCCAAUUAGAACCCCUGGUGCAGACCACACUAGGCCUCUCUAGAACACACUUGAGUGGCACAAAGCUACAGCCUAAGGGAGGCUUAUUCGAAUACGUAACUGCGGCCAACUAUUUUGGAGAAAUCGUGGAGUGGGGGGGCUACGCUCUGGCCAGCUGGUCCGUUGAAGGCGCGGCUUUUGCUUUCUUCACAUUUUGCUUUUUAUGUGGUAGAGCAAAAGGGCAUCAUCAGGAUCCUGUCCCAUAAUGGCUGGUCACCUCCUGCCUCAAGCUGCCAGGAAGCCAGGCGGGGGCAUGGGGCUGCCACAAUUACAGCUCCCGCUCAGCCUUUCUGGUCCUUUUUAGAAAAUGUGAACCAGAGAGCAAGAAGCACCAGAUACUUAGAAAAAUCUGCAUCAUAAAAGAGCAAUGAAUGCCUCUCAAGAAAACAUGAUUCUAGGAACCAAAGGGAAUUUUUAAAAAGAAAUUGUACUUCAGGGAGAUUCAGCAUCCACAGGGGAAUGGACAUCACUUACUGUGGGACGUCGCAUGCUGGAAUACUACUCAGCAAUGUGAAGGAACGGACUGUUGAUGAAUAUUUAUAAAUCACAUAUCUGAUAAAGGUGUUAAUAUUCAUAAUAUGUAAAGAACUCUCAAAAUUCAAUAAAGCAAGUUUUUUAAAUGGG